AUGCUUAGGCCGUUGGGCUUGUACAGGGAAAUGAUGGGCGAAAUACGUCUGUUGAGUACUUUUCAGACGGACAAACUGGCGGCGAACAUGCAGCCAGUGAGUGUAGUGUUUGCACACGAGGUCAUCUUGCGUUACUCCCCUAUUCAAAGAGCUCGAAUUUAUCAAUGGAAUAUAUGUAUUUUUGUCACAGAAACACUGGGCGAACAGGUGGCACAUAGUCCGCCGCAAGGCUUACAUGCACAACGAUGUACAGCUAAGCACCUGCUAAAUGACACCACGACCUACAAACUAAACGACCAUGUUCCAUCUUCAAACAUCAUUAAUCCAAUUAACAUGACGCUCAAGAAACUGCGAGCAACGCAGGGGAUAACCAGGCAGGGACGAUGGAAAAUGAAAGCCGAUGAUACCAACGUUGCACAAUUCUACGGACUAAAAAGGUGCACAAAGAAGGAACAUCAUUAG